CUCUGAUCCCCCAGCUAUCACCACAGGCGUUUGCUUACACUCCAUAAAAGGAAACAGAAGAUUGACAGUCAGCUGGUGGUAGCCGACACGGUAACAUCAUCUCUCAGUGAUAGAAAGGAUACAAAUGGGUGGAGCCUUGAGAUGUAUCGUGACGUCACAACUAAGUCCUGAUAUCUUCACAACACAGCCUCUCAAACCCAAAGUAUUAUAUUAGCAUCAAGCAUGCGCCAGUCUUCAGCUGGCACUCAAGAAGUGAACACGAUGAGAGCCACACUUCCUCAAGCCUCGGUACUGCUUCUGGGCGGGGUGGUGGCCGUGCUAGUGGGUCCCUGCCGCAGCUCUGUGACCCAGGAGCCCAUAAACAACGACCAACUCUCCAGCCACACCCCGCCAUCCGCAGAAUUAAUCCAGUCAGUGAUGGUUAAUCAGAUGACGUUGCUCAGGAUGCUCAAUCAGUCUUCUACCAAUUGCUCUCCGGACGAAUUAGCAAUAGCAGCGUUUGUUGCACGACAAGAAGACGCAAGAGAAGAGCUACGCCGCAGUUUGGAAACUGCAUUAAAGAUGCUAAAAGAGAAGAAGGAAGAAGCACUUGAUGAGAUUACCGAGAAGAAAAUACAAUCAGAAACAGAUCUGGUUUCCUUAAAAAACUCAGCACUAGAAGAGAUGACGGAAACAAAAGCAAACAUAACAGUCGAGUUGAAGGCAGCGAGGGAAAAAGCGCCAGACCGUUUAGAAGGCACAAAAACGAUGAAGAUAUUCCGGGCAUAUACAGAAUCCCUUCCGCAGAAGGAGGCCAUGGAAGCUUGUGAGCAUAAGGGAGGCCGCAUUGCUGUUCCUCAGAAUUCAGAGGAGAACUUGGAGCUCGUCUCGCUGGUCACUACAGAGGCUUCCAGAUCCCUUUAUGAACCUUAUUCAUAUUGGAUUGGAGCGGAAGACAGGGACAAAGAAGAUCAGUGGGUUGAUAGUAACACAGGAUUGCCUCUCGCCUACAAAAACUUCCAAAGUGGCCAACCAGAUGACUAUGGCACGGAUGGUGAAGACUGUGUUGUGCUCAUAUCUUGGGGCUCAUGGAACGACUUUUCCUGUGGCUCGGCUGCUCAUGGAUACCUGUGCGAAUUUUUUGUUGAAUACAUUCAUACAUAGUAAACUCGUCCGAGAUAAAGGAUGAAAUAUGUAAUGCUAAUAACAGGACAAAAUGAUGGCUUGAGACCUCCUGUGUAGAGUGGAAGGUAGGGAAACACAAUUUGACCUACUGCCACAUCACUGGUUAAAUACUUAUAAUUUUCAGUGAUACAGUGACAAAUAACCAACUUGUAUACCGUACUUUACUAAAUGCAAUGCAGAGAUCAUUUGGUCUACAUAGAGCCAAUUAGAGAUGAAUACCUUUAUCAUCUUAUUUACUCUUAAUAAUGAUAUCUUAAUAAUGAUAUCUUGUUAAAAACGCUAAAAAUACAAAUGUCUUGAAAACCAGCCAGUUCUGAACAAUGGUAGUCAUAAUCAAAACUUGUACGCAAAAAAUAA